CAGAUUUACAAUUAUGUUUUAUUUAUUUAUUUUCUGAAUAUCUCUGUUUGUUUUCUCCUGAAAUAAUUACUUUAAAAGGCCUUCAUUGGAUGAAUUUGUGUUGAUGUAUUCCCUUUAUAUCUAUUUGAUUUAGUUACGAUCAUUUCAUUUUAAUGGGGCCGUAAAACUGGGGCCAUUCAAUUGUAUUAAUGAUUUUCUUUCCAGUUGCGAAACUGAAACAGAACUUCCAGUUUUCACACCGAUUAAGGAAAUUUAAAGGGAUUUUCAUAACAUCACGUCUCAUCAUUGGUGUGCCGUGAAGACCACCCGACCUGAUUUGACAGGAGAUCAGAUUUAAAGAGUUCAUAAGCUCUUCAAUUCAGGUCAUACAACUGGUGGGGAGAUACAAGUACAAAGUAUUUGAAGAAAUACAUUUCAGGUGAUGGAAAAUUCAUCAACAGUGUCAUCCAUCAUACUGUCUGCAUACUUUGGAAUGGAGGAUCUUAAGUAUUUGUACUUCAGUAUUUUCCUUAUUUUGUACAUUGCCAUUGUUGCUGAAAAUGUAAUUAUAAUUGGAGUAAUCUACACUGAGAAAACAUUGCAUCAACCAAUGUAUUUCCUGGUGUGUAACUUGGCAGCAAAUGGUCUCUAUGGUAGCACCGCAUUGCUGCCAGCACUGUUGAAAAAUUUAGCUUCCCACCCUAGUGAGGUAUCUCUAGCUGGCUGUCGAACACAGAUCUAUUGUAUACAUACUUUUGCUAUUGUUGAAUUUACAAUUUUAGGAGUGAUGUCUUAUGAUAGGUAUGUUGCUAUAUGUCAUCCACUGCGGUAUCACACCAUCAUGUCUCUGACAAAAGUGUAUAAACUUGUAGCAUUCUCCUGGAUUUACCCUUUGGUGGCAUUUCUCAUAAUUUUCCUAAUAACUUGUCAAAUGAGAUUUUGUGAUAAAACUAUAGAUAAAUUGUACUGCAUCAAUUACUCACUUAUAAAGCUCUCCUGUACAAAUACAUCUGUUGUGAACAUAAUAGGUUUAAUCUCUGUGGUUUUGUAUAGUUUUCCACAGUUAGUUAUGAUCCUUUACUCAUAUGGACAUGUCCUGAGAGUCUGUGCAUUAUCCUCCCAAGAAUCCAAGCUCAAAGCACUGCGAACUUGCACUCCACACCUGUUUUCUAUUAUCAACUACUCUGUGGGUUGCUUUUUUGAAAUAUUGCAAAGCCGAUUUGACCCAAGACAUUUACCUUACAGAGCUCAAGUGUUUAUGUCACUUUACUUUUUGAUAUUCCCUCCCAUUCUUAAUCCAAUAAUCUAUGGGUUAAGUAUUCAAGCCAUAAGAGUGAAGCUGUUGAAACUUUGUUAUAAUAAGAAUAGGAUAUUGCCAAUACAGUAGCCAAGGCUGUUGAUUUGAUUUCCAUUGUACAUGUAUCUCAAGUUCAUGUAUCUCAAUUUAUCUAUAAUGUUUGUAUUGUGUUGAGGUAAUAGUAUAGAUUACACUGGUUGUACAUAUAACAUAGAUAUUAUAUAUCUAACAAUCUAUGAAAUGUAAUAAACUGCAGAACAUAUUCUUAAUGCUGUUUUAUAAUUAAAUACAUAACUAUGGAAUUACAUUUUUCUAUUGAAGGAGAUGGCUCAAGGGUGAUGUUGGAGAGUGUAAACACAUGGUUGCCUAUCGAUUUCCUUUUGCAUAAACAUAAGCCAAUCCCAAACUCUAACUUUAACCAAUUCGGAUAAUUUAUUCAAGGCCUGAGCGGUUUUGCCCUCAAGGAAAAGCUGCGCCAGAGCUGCCCUUAAAAAUGUUAAUGAAAAAGCCUUUGGUUGAUCAUUUAUAUGCAAUGUGUUGUCGUGUCUUUGGCAUCAUUAAAUUGAAGACUGUUAUUUUA